GAAAAAACCUUGUAUUUAGCAUAAACUUGUGAUUAAUACGUAAUGGAAAAAAAAGUGUGCGUGGGUCCCAGGGUGGAUAAACAUAAACCAGUAGUGAAGGCUACUGUGAAUUCUUAUUUUAGUAAUUAGUUAUUAUGCGUUUGUUGGUUGAAUUGCUAAGAUCUGCUCUCUCUGUCUUCCCAACUCCUCAUACUCAAUCGAGAAAGCUUCCACAACAGUUCAACGUCUUUCCUUUUGUGUGUUUCAAAUUUCGUGUUUCAAAAGUGGACGACGAGACUGUACCUAUCUGAGAUCUGACAAACUAUACAUUUCCGGUGAUUCGAUUGCCAACCUCAACUGAAUUUUUGCUUGGGAUAGGACCACUGAGGAGUGAUAAGAGGAUGGCAAAAGGUAGUUGGUUUUCAUCAGUAAAGAAGGCUCUAGGCCUGCGUUCCAAGAGAUCAAGUAAAUCAAAGAAGAUAUUGCUUGUGAAUGAAAUGCCAUCAGCCUCUGAUUUACCAAAUCCAGAGAGUUUUGAAGUUUCUAAUCCUCAUCCACCUCCACAACUGGGAAACAUGAGGUCGACGGAGUUGGAGAAUGAGCAGACAAAGCAUGCUCACUCCGUUGCAGUUGCUGCAGCUGUAGAUACUGAAGUAGAGAUAGCUGCUGUGGAGGCUACUCCAGAGGUGGUUCCACUGCCUACAGUGACUCAAGUUGCUGGAAAACACCAGGAGGAAGUUGCAGCACUCAAAAUUCAGACUGCUUUCCGUGGUUACCUGGCGAGGAGGGCAUUGCGAGCUUUGAGAGGGUUAGUCAGACUGAAGUCACUUGUUGAUGGCCCAGCAGCAGAACGCCAGACUUCAAACACUCUGAAAUGUUUGCAGACUCUAUCUCGCUUGCAAUCUCAGAUCCAAUCAAGAAGAACCAGAAUGUUGGACGAAAGCAGGGCAGUUCAGAGGCAGCUCUUGCAGAGACGUGUAAAAGAGCUGGAUAGCUUGAGAAUGGCAGAGGAAUGGGAUGAUAGUUUACAAACGAAAGAGGAAACUGAGGCGAGCCUGCUCCACAAAUACGAAGCUGCAAUGAGACGCGAAAGAGCUCUUGCUUAUUCAUACACUCACCAGCAAACGUGGAAGAAAUCAGCAAAAUUGAACAACUUAUUGUUCAUGGACCCAACAAAUCCUCACUGGGGUUGGAGCUGGUUGGAACGAUGGAUGGCUGCUACUCCUCUUGAGACUAAAAACACAGCAGGGAAAGAUCUCAACGGUGAUCAUUUAUCCAUCAAAAUUGGAGAAAUCACAAAGUCCUUUGCCCGUCAUCAGCUAAACUCGGAUAAUCCAUCUCCAGCAGCUAGUCAGAAGGCGUCUUAUGGCCACCGGGCCCCUGCCAUUCCCUCUCCAAAGGCUGUAUCUUCAUUGGCUGCACGAAAACUAAGAAAUGCGAGUCCAAAGGUGAGCAUGAUGAGUCAAGAGGAUGACUCAAGAAGCGUGUUCAGUGUUCAAUCAGAGAGAAAUAGGAGGAGGCAUAGCAUAGCUGGUUCAGUUAGAGACGACGAGAGCUUGGAUAGCUCUCCAUCCAUUCCCAGUUACAUGACACCAACUCGCUCCGCAAAGGCCAGGUUCAACUCUCAAAGUCCAUCAGGAUUAACAGAUAAAGAAGAAACUGCUGCUUUUGCAAAGAAACGCCUCUCUUUUCCACCUUCACCGGGCAGGGCUAGGCGACAUUCAGGCCCUCCAAAAGUCGAAACCAGCUCCCUAGUGAACGGAAAUGUGAAUGGAGGAUUAGUUAAUUGAUAACCUAAAGAGCGCUGCAUGGCAAUAAGGAGCUGAAAUCCAGAGAAAAAAUGAAAGAAAUUAGUUGUUUUCAUAUAUUGAUUCUUGAUGCUGCAUUCAUAUAAAUUGUUGUUUAUUUAUUGUACUUGAGGGCUUGAUGGAUCCAGUCUUCAGCAAAUGCUGCUAUAGAUUUUAUUUUGUUUUAUACUGUUGUUAGGUUUGUCACGUUUGGGAGCCACUCUAUAAGGAUAGCCUAUCACAAAGGAUUACAUGAAAUUAUAUGUUAUAUUAAAUUUUAUUUUAUUUAUGAUCUAA